GUGGUCUGCGACAGGAAGGACCAGGUGGAAUUGAAAAGGUUAUUUGGCAUGUUAUGCGACAAGCAGGGGGGAAAAAAAAAAACAAUCACCUCCAUCGUGACAUGGUCCACUUCAAUCAGGGUGAAGUAAUUUGUGUGUUUCUGCUCUCGGUUGAACUUUACCACAGCAUCAUUUACCGCCUGAACGGCGGUCGGAUCAUCAAGCGGCAAUGACUUGGGGCACUCAGGACAAAUGGUCACGAUUUCCUCGUUGACCAAAGAAACAUCUACCCGUUCUUCCCGUCGCCAAAUCUCACACUGGUCUUCAGGUUUGGGGUUGGUGAAGUGACAUUUGGUCUGCACCAGCUUCACAUUGACAUCGAUGUGACAACCUCCUGAAAUCUGAAAGGAGAGAAGCAAGUUAGAUUUCCUAAACUUUGACCCAAUGACAGGAACAUCUCCACCACCCUCACCAAGCUCGGUAGCUACAAUUAGCUAUGCUAAUGUGAUAUACCAACCUGCUGAUAGUCGCUGCUCUUGACUUCCUGCAACCUGAACCUAAACCCAUGAUUUUGCUUUCUAUUGAUGUGUUGAACACCACGCCUUGCUGCCUCUGUCACAGUAUCAUUGCCACAGGUGAUCGCCGGCAAAGAUGGCACUGCUGCAAGGAGACCAGGAAGACCUCCAGCGCACCAUAGCAGAACCACAAGUAGGUGAGCCCCCAUGAAGAUGCCGUAAGAGUAGAAUGUUUCAGUCCAGCAGAGAUGGUGAAUGAAAGAGGUCAUGCACACAGACUUUAAAUAGGCUGAGGAGCCCAGGCGACCAAUCACAGCGGAGGACGAAAGCUUGACACCUGGGUAUGAUGAUUGGUCAAUCAGUCACAUGGUUUUGCCUCAAUCACGUAAGCACGCCCACCAUUGAUCUGAUUCAGGUGUCUGGCCUUUUGUGAUUGGUCGUCGGAGCUCCUCAGCAUGGUUAAAGGCUGUGCAGGUAGAUGCCAGACUGUCAUUCACCCUUCUCUACUGACCUGACAGGUUCUUGGCUCAAGUCUUUCAUCGAUAUCAUGGUGCUGCACUUAUUUGUACUUUUACUAUGGUGCGCUGGAGUCUUUCAUGGGUUCCUCGCAGCGGCAACCUCAGUCACCUGCGGCAAUGAGAGUCUGUCGGCGGCAGCGGCUCUCGGUGUUCAACAUAUCAAUUUGAGGCAAAUGCAUGGCUUCAAGUUCAGGCUUCAGGAGAUCCAGUGCAGUGAAUAUCAAGAGGUUUCAGGAGGUUGCCACAUUGAUGUGAACGUGACUCUGGUCCAGACCAAAUGUCACUUCACCAACCCCAAACCUGCUGAGAAGUGUGAGCUUUGGGAAAAGGAGGAACGGGGAGCAGUGGCCAAUUGUUGCAUCGAAAUUCAGGUCAUGUGGAGUGUGGCUGAAGUCAUCAAAUACGAAUGCACCACCAGACCAGAGAUCACCAAUGAAGAGUUGGUGAAAACCUGUCCCGACUGUCCUGGAUUGCUGCCUCUGGAUCACCCAACUGCUCUAAAGGCCGUUAAUGAUGCUGUGCUCAAAUUCAACCAAGAGAACACAUACCAGAAUGACUUCAUGCUGAUGGAAGUGGAUCAUGUCCAAUCAGUGUAUUUCCAUAUAUUUGGCACAAUUACCUUGGUCCAGUUUGCGCUGGUUGAGACCAAUUGUCCUAAGGGGGCCCAGACAUUUGCUCCCUGCACGCCUCGCUGUCCUGAUAUAGCGACUCAUGCCUUUUGCAAAGCGGAGUAUCUAGACCUCCAACAACUACUGGAUAAACUUGAGUGUGAAAUGUAUCGCCCAAAAAAUCCCACUCCCCACCCGACUGGUAUGCCAGAACCUGUGUGCAAGCUGUUCCACAAUACUCCAGAGGCUUUGAUUUGCAAGGACCGGCUGAAGAAUCCUGACCCGUCCAUCCACUACAUUUGUCCCUUCCCGUUAGCGCUAGAUUAACUUGUGUAAUAAAAAAUACCUAACCUUGA